AUGGGUCGGUCUCCGUGCUGCGAGAAGGUGGGGUUGAAGAAGGGGCCGUGGACUCCGGAGGAGGACCAGAAGCUGCUCGCCUACAUCGAGAAGCACGGGAAUGGGAGCUGGCGGGCGUUGCCUGCCAAAGCCGGGCUGCAGAGGUGCGGGAAGAGCUGCAGGUUGAGGUGGACGAAUUACCUGCGACCUGACAUCAAGAGGGGAGAGUUCAGCCUGCAGGAGGAGCAGACCAUCAUUCAACUCCAUGCCCUCCUUGGAAACAGAUGGUCUGCGAUUGCCACCCACCUGCCCAAGAGAACAGACAACGAGAUCAAGAACUACUGGAACACCCACCUGAAGAAGCGGCUGGCUAAGAUGGGCAUCGAUCCCUGCACCCACAAGGCCAAGAGCGACACCCUCAGAUCCGGCGACGGACACCUCAAGAGCGUUGCCAACCUCAGCCACAUGGCCCAGUGGGAGAGCGCACGCCUGGAGGCCGAGGCGCGGCUCGCGAGGGAGUCGAAGUUCCGUGCGGCGUCCAAUUCCAUGAUUCUGCAGCAGCAACAGCAGCAGAAGGGAUCGUCGUCGUCCUCGUCCUCGACCAUCCCGCCGCCACCUGCUCCGCUCACCACCAAGGCCAGCGGACUCGACAUCCUCAGGGCAUGGCCGGGGGCUAACCAAGGCGACAGGAUCGACCUGGAGUCGCCCACUUCCACCUUAAGCUUCGCGGCAGCCGGCGUCGGGUUUGUGGACGCCGGCGCCGGCGCCGCAUCCGCCGCCAGCCAUCAAGGAGGCGUGAAUUUGGAGCCGGAGAGAGCGGAGUGGAGGAGCUUGGCGAAGGAUAGAGUGGACAGCUUCACAGGCUUCUCCAUGGAAGCCGCAUUCGACGGGGAGGCGCCAUGGCUGUCGGAGCCAUACUGGGGACAGUCCGGCGCAGGAUUCACCGGACUGCUCCUGGGUGACUCAGCGGCGCAGAAGGCCUCGGACUGCCGCGGUGAUUCAUACGCAAAUGGACCUGAGACCUGCGCCCAAGAGGAGGCAGAGGAAGAAGAAGAACAAGAAGAAGAAGAGGAGGAGGAAUUGGAAGGAGAGGAGGAGAGCAAGAACUACUGGAACAGCAUCCUCAACUCGGUCAACUCCUCAUCCUCUUCCAACUCGCCACCACUGUUCUACGACUGAGCUCGCAGCGCAAGCUUUUCUACGUAAAAUGUUAACGCACGUCUACUGCAGCGGCGAUGGCGCUCUGCAACAAUAAGAAAGAAGUAUAAGAAUAAGAAUGGGUGGUGAUGUGAAUAUAUCGUCUUGCGAUCUCCUUUUCUCUUCUCUCCUUAGAUUUGUUGUCAUGGGAAUUGUAAUGUUUGAAGCAC